AAUUUCAGGAUAGUCUAGGAAUGUCCCCUGCUUCAAGGCCUGUAGAACAAUGGCCAAUCUGAGUAGGUAAAACUGAACUAGGGAUUCCAAUGUUCUGUCAUGGUACAGGACAACUCCCUAUGCUCAUUUGAGUCAGGUAUUUAUUUGGAACCGUGAAGAUUAGAACCUUACUUUAAUUUUAGGGGGAGGACAAUUGUUCAGUGGCCGAACACGUGGUUUUCAUGCAGAACAUCCCAGGUUCGGUCCUUGGAAUCUGCAGAUUGAGCUGCUAAAGACUCCCUUCUUGAAACUCUGGAGAACUACAGCUGAUCAGUGUGGCCAAAACUGAGCUAGAUGGACUAACGCAGCUAAAUACUUGAUUUCAUAAGGUAGAUAUAGAAAAGAAACCAGCCAACAACCUAAGAGUGUAAGGUUCCUGGUGGAAGAUCUACCCAAUUCACAGAGUAAUAGAAUUUUAGCCUUCUCUUGGAGUUCAGUUACCUGAACGUUCUGACCACUGCAAGAAUCAUUCAAAUAUAACAUCAUAUGUGCACACACUUGACUUACCAAAGUCUCAGAGGAGUAGAAAUGAAGUGAAGGAGAUGAAGCCAAAGGAAGCUGUUGGAAGAUCUCAGCUCAGGGAGCCCUUUUAUACCAUUUCAUCUGUAUCUGCUGGUGGCUCCACAUCCAGCUUGGAUACACCUCCUUUCCCCUCCGGCUUUAAUUAGUAAGCAAUUUUUGGAAUGCAUCAUGGCCCUAAUUAAGAAACGAGGCAAAAGUGUUAAGUGUUUUCACAGCAUCCCACUCUCUUCAUAGUUAUUCUUCCACAAGACAAAGUUAAUAAAAGAUUAAGAAAAAUAAAAAUUCUUGUCUGUUCCUCCUGGCAGGCAGAUCAAAAGGUGUUUUUUCCCCAUUCAUUAUUUUCAAAAUAGUUGUUGAUUUUCUCAGAAGUCUAAUUGACUUUAAUACCCAGGAUUUUAGUUAGUCAUUCUGUGCACAACACAUAGCAGGUUUUGUUUAUGUUUAACCUCCACUGUUGGAGGUAAGAUUGGGGGAGAAAUUUGAUCCAGGUUGCGUUUUCUGAAAUGGUAUAGCAAUUGAAGCAGUGUACUCCUAUGAAAUCUACACUUACACGAAUAUUUCAUGCAGUUCUGCAGCCAGGUGAUGUGUACAAAAUUGUGCAUAAGAAUGGACAUACUGUACUAAGUGAAAAUAACAUACAAAAAAUGCAUUAUAAUCGAGAAUAUUUUUUUUGGGGGGGGGAGAGUUGCUGUUAUACUCAGUUUGUGCUUGCUGGGUUUCCCAUAGAUAUCUGGUUGGUCAUUGAGAACAAGGCUCUUCCAGUCUUCAAUGAUGCAAACGUACCAUAUAGCGAGGUAUGGAUAAGUGUACGCAAUAAAGCAAGGAAGCGUAUGAGAAUUUCCACAACUAUUUGGGAAUUCUUUUCAAAGAAGAUAUUUGAAGAAAUAAAAGGUUCAUAUAGUGCCAGCUGUUUUCAAAGAACCAGGGAUUUAAGGGCAUAAAAAUGGUUGACUGGAUCAGACCAAAGGCCCAUCUAAUCCAGCAUUCUGUUAUCAUACAUGUCUAUGGAAAGCUCACCAUCAUGGCCUGAAUCCGACAGCAGUGAUUUCCAGCAAUAGGUAUACAAAAGCGUGCUGACAGUAGUUAUAGAACAUAGUCAUCAUGGCUUGUGACCAUUGAUACCCUCAUUCUCCAAGAAUUUACGUAGUUCUAAAAAAAGAAUCCUUCUGGAUCAGGCUAAAGGUGACCCAUUAAGCCCAGCAUCCUAUUCUCCCAGUGGCCAACCAGAUCUCCUAAUGGGAAGUCUGCAAACAAGAUCUGAAUGCAACAGCACAAUCACAACCUGAGAUUCCCCACAACUGGUAUUCAGAGGCUUACAGUCUCUGAUAGUGGAAAUAGAACAUACAUACAGUGUUGGAAGCUCAGGUAUAUAAGCUAGGUGACCUAUGGCUCCUUAAACCAGGGUUAUAGUUGCCAAAACUGAAUGCCUAGUUGCCAUUUUGGGGCCAGAGGGCUCAAAAGUUGUAUUUUUCAAUACAACCUUUCGGUUCCUGAAGUCGGUCAUUGAGAACAGAAUGAAGUUUAUUCUGAUUGUGCAGUUAAAAUAUAACAGAAUUCUACAGGAUGUGCUGCUAGUGUAUGAAAAGAGCCAAGAUCCAUGGAUCCCCAGUCAUGCACCUCCAGAUGGUGUAGACAUCAGGCACCAUCCUGGUGCCUGGGCAUCAGCACUUGGUCGCAAGUGGCCAAUAGCCAGGUGCAAAAUGAGCCUGGCACCUGGUGAAUUUCAAACACUGCUAUCAUAGCUAUUGGCCAUUUAUAGCUCAGCCUCUGGCAUUGUUACAAAAUGACAAGAAGCGGGUCUGAAUAGGGAACUGUGCACACUUUUCCUUGGAUAUGAACCUCAGCAAUAGAGGAGGUUCCACAGAUUCCUCAUUCCUGGGUUGGAUGUAGUUGCUUUAGGCUUAAUUUAAGCAGGGCAGAGGUAGCCAACAGGAUUCCCCCUAGUUUUUGUGGAUUUCACUCACAUAAUUUCUGACUAUUGGCCAUGCUGGCUGGGGCUGAUGGGAGUGCAGUGAUAUCUUGUCAGAACCAUAUACGCUACCAUGACAGUAGGGAACAAGGACCAAGUAGAGUAAGUAGAGUAGAGUAAGUAGAGUAAGUUUAAGUAGAAACAGGAAUGAAGUUUUUUCAGUGACAGAGGCAGGUGAGUUUAAGAAUGGGAGGGAAAUUCAAUUCAAUUGACCCUUAAAGAAAAAUAAAAUUUAUUCACCCCUUUUUGAAACAAUGUGCAAACUGAAACAUUGCUGUGCUACAAAAUCUGUAGCUGUCUGCAUUUCCCAGUGCAGUUAUCCAAGUACAGUGAACUCUUGGGUCUCAAACUUAAUCCGUUUGUCUCCCGAAACCAUUGGGAAACCAAGGGGCGGCUUCCGAUUGGAUGCAGGAGCUUCCUGUGGUCAAGCGGAAGUUGCGUCACGUGUUUGGCCUUCAAAAAACAUUCAAAAACCGGAACACUUACUUCCAGGUUUUUGGCGCUUGGGAGCUGAUUUGUUCGACAACUAAGUCGUUUGAGAACCAAGGUAGCACUGUAAUGGGUAGCAAAAUGAAUACAUUGGAGUAAACUGUGCAUAUCUUAAAGAAAAGAAGGCACAACAACGAUAUUAUGAUAUUAAAGAGAAUUGCACUCCAGUAAUGUGUAGAUGAGGGGAAACUGAAUACAACUGUGUGCUGAUGGAUUUUCGUGAGGACACUGAUACUGGAGAUCUCUUGGAAUCUGGUAUGCAUAUGCAAAAUCUUUGAUGAUGUCCUAGAGUCCCUUAAGCUGAUGAAAGAGCUUUGAAGAUCUCUAUCUGCUCCCUCUGGGUGCAUCUGGUUUCAAGCAUCAGACUCGAAGUCAGCAAAAUUAAAAGGAAGGGAGUGGGAAUGGUGUUGAGACUAUUAGUCUUUCAUUAUUACAACCACUUAAUUUUGUGACCUUUUGUGCUUAGUGAAGUAAUUUUGCACAUUAAAUUGUCAACAACUAAAUAAAAUAUUAGUCAGAAGAGGCAGUCCCUUGAUCACUGGGGCGGUUGCAGAACUGUAUAAAAGCUCAACGUUCUCCCAGUUUCUCCAACAGCUUCAUCUGACUCUCCUGUCUUCACUACAUCUCACCAAAGCAGCAGGUAAGCCUAUUUUCUUGGGGGGAUAUUUCCAAGCCUGUCAUAGGUUCACAUUAAAGUAAGGCUAGAUGGCUCUUCCAAUUGGAGCAGGAAUGGGUAUCCUGUGGUCCUUGCAAUGUUGCUUCCAUCAUUCUUGUCCAUUGGGAAUGCUGGCUGAGAGGACUUGGGAUCCUGCAACAACUUCAGGGCCACGGGUUCCCCAUCCCUUCUUCACCCCCUGCAGGUUUAUAAAAUAAAUCAUCCCUGAUUCUUUGGACAUAUGUUUAGAACCGGGAAGGAGAACCAGGGGCUUUGCAGAUGUUUAUGAACUAUAGCUCCUAUAUUCCAUGGCCAUUGUCUAUGGUGGCUGAGGCAGAUGGGACUCGAAGUCUGGUUGUGCCAUUUAGCAAACAUAGUAGGAGAAGAUCUCCAUGGUAAUGUCAUGUAUGCCUGUUAAAUAUACCGUAUUUUUUGCUCUAUAAGACUCACUUUUUCCCUCCUAAAAAGUAAGGGGAAAUGUGUGUACGUCUUAUGGAGUGAAUGUAGGCUGCGCAGCUAUCCCAAAAGCCAGAACAGCAAGAGGGAUUGCUGCUUUCACUGCACAGUGAUCCCUCUUGCUGAUCUGGCUUCUGAGAUUCAGAAUAUUUUUUUUUCUUGUUUUCCUCCUCCAAAAACUAGGUGCGUCUUGUGGUCUGGUGCGUCUUAUAGAGCGAAAAAUACGGUAAUUGUGAUAUUUAGAACGUGGAACCAGUUUCUAUUAUCUCUCUUCCUAAAUGUCAUUUACACACACACACACACACACACACACACACACACACACAUUUCUGCCUUUUAUAGCACAAAACUCUGCGUUUUACUAAGUAAACCCAAUUGUAUUCACUAAUGCUUAAUCCCAGGUAAAUAGAUAACAGAUUGCAGCUUUAUUAUUUCAUACUCAUCCCCACCUGGGUCGAUAAUACAGUGGUGCCUCGCAAGACGAAAUUAAUUCGUUCCGCGAGUUUUUUCGUCUAGCGAAUUUUUCGUCUUGCGAAUCACGAAUUCCCAUAGGAAUGCAUUGAAAAUCAAUUAAUGCGUUCCUAUGGCCAAAAAAAGUCCAAACAAAGCCAAAUUUGGUACAACAACCUCCCCAACUGUUGCAAACCCCUCCCCAACUGUUCCCCCAGCCACCCAGCACACAGAAAUUCAAAUCCAGAUUUUUUUAAAAAAAACAGCAGAGUGGCCCAAUGGUCACAGAAAAUCAUAAAAAUGCAGAAAAAAACCACACAAGCUUCCAGAUUCUUGCAAACCCCUCCCCAACUGUUCCCCCAGCCACCCAGCACACAGAAAUUCAAAUCCAGAAUUUUUUUAAAAAACAGCAGAGUGGCCCAAUGGUCACAGAAAAUCAUAAAAAAAUGCAGAAAAAAGACACAAGCUUCCAGAUUCUUGCAAACCCCUCCCCAACACCAAGUCCUUGAAUUCCAAACACCCCAACCCAAAAUCCAAAAACCCCCAAAAAGUUUUAAAAGCUUAACUUGGCUGCAAAAGAAGUUUUGGAAAAGCUUCAAAAAUCACCAAAGUCUUUAAAAACCUCAAAAAAAGGCUACUAUGUACACUGUGUUCUAUGAGUUGCUCCUUGAAGUCAAGUUGCAACUGUAUUAACGGUGUUAAGAAAAAGGAAACAAACUUGCAAGACGUUUUCGUCUUGUGAAGCAAGCCCAUAGGGAAAUUCGUCUUGCGAAGCAGCUCAAAAAUGGAAAACCCUUUCGUCUAGUGAGUUUUCCGUCUUGCGAGGCAUUCGUCUUGCGGGGCACCACUGUAGAUUAUAGUGGUCCAGCCUGUCAAAACAUGAUUGAUAGAAUUGUUGAUAGAAUUCUUUAUUCAGAGCACGAUCAUGGAAACACGGAGACCUAAUAAGGUAUGUGAGUAUUUUCUUCUUUUUCUACAGUGUCUACCACAGGGGUGUAGUUCCUAUAGUCUCAUCACCCUUCUCUAUUGUUCAUGCUGGUGGGGUCUGAUGCGAAUUGAAGUCUGCAACAUCAGAAAAAAACUACACACUGACUCUCCCUGAAGUACCUUAUAUCUGAGCUUUUAUAAUUAUUUGGCCCUCUUUGGUUCUCAUGCUCCAUAUUCAACUCAGUUAUUCAAUUGUAUACUUUAGAUUCUUCUUCAGCCAUGGUUGACUGUGGUCCACCCCCACUGAAGUGAUGUAGCCCACACUUAUUUUGUCCCUUGGUGUUUUUGGUUUCAGACUCACCUCCACCCAACAAUGGUUGACUGUGGUCCAUCCUGCGCUGUCCCAUCCUGUGCUUCCACCCCCACUGUUGGGUUUGGCUCAGCAGGAGGUCUUGGCUAUGGUGGUCUCGGCUAUGGAUUGGGAGGUCUCGGCUAUGGAAAUGGAGGAUUCGGCUACGGAUUUAGUGGUCUCGGCUAUGGAUAUGGAGGUGCUGAAAGAGCAGCCAACCUUGGCAUCCUAGAUGGGAUUAUCCCUAAACCCAUCAACCAGAUCCCACCAGCAGAGGUCGUGAUCCAGCCACCUGCCUCCGUUUUGACCAUCCCAGGGGCCAUCCUCUCUGCCAGCUGUGAGCCUGUGGCUGUUGGAGGCAACACUCCAUGUGCUGUUGGUGGUUCCGGGAUCGUAGGAGGCUAUGGCUAUGGGGGCUUGGGCUUUGGGUCUGGUCUCCUUGGAAGCUCUGGAGGUUUCGGCUAUGGUUUGGGCUACGGGAGGGGAAGGAAGUUUGGGCGUCGUUUUAGCAUCUGUUCAUAGACCAAUUAAACCUGAGAAGCAUAUCCUGAACUGAUAAUCAGAGGGCUUGAUACAGAUCUAUCGACCAUGGUUCAGAAAAGCUGAAUUCAAGCAAUCACUCCUGGAAUUCAUCCUCCGUUCUUUGCUUCAGAGUGCAGAAGAAAAAAGAUCCUUCUACACCGAUUUUCUUCUUUGCCCCUUUCAAUGCUCUUACUUUGACCUUUUCAAUAAAGCUUGUUCUGCAUUCUGAUAA